CCCGAACCACUGGCCAAUAAAUAAAAUCCCUUCAUUUUCCUGAGAACCCAAGAAAAAACACGCAGAGAAAUCAAAUUCCAAUUUCGACGGACUGAGAAGAUGGAGAAGGCGUACGGAUACUCGAGCGUCAGCACAAGCUCAAGCGUUCCCUUAAAGGCGAGCAAACCGGAGGACGUGGACCUAGAGAUCGGAGGUGGUGAUACCCUCUAUCCAGGGCUCGGCCAUGGAGAGAAUCUCCUUCGAUGGGGCUUCAUCCGCAAGGUCUACGGCAUCCUCUCCGCCCAGAUCCUUCUCACCACCUUCGUCUCGGCAAUUGUUGUUCUCAACCCCUCCGUCAACAACCUCCUCCAGGGCAGUUCCGGUCUUCUGCUUUUGCUCUGCAUCAUCCCCUUUAUUUUGAUAUGGCCCUUGCAUAUGUAUCACCAGAAGCACCCAGUCAAUUUCAUUAUCCUGGGGCUCUUCACUGUCUCACUGAGUUUUACAGUUGGUGUAAGCUGUGCAAAUACAGAUGGAAGAAUUGUGCUUGAAGCACUAAUCCUGACAUUGGCUGUGGUUUCAUCUCUGACUGCAUACACUUUCUGGGCUGCGAAGAAGGGCAAGGAUUUCAGCUUCCUUGGACCAAUUUUAUUCACCAGUCUCAUCAUCCUCAUCGUAACUGGGUUCCUACAGAUGUUCUUUCCACUUGGCCCAACAUCUGUUGCUGUUUAUGGUGGAAUCAGUGCUUUGAUUUUCUGUGGCUACAUAGUCUAUGACACUGACAACCUGAUCAAGCGCUUCACAUACGACGAUUACAUAUUGGCCUCUGCCUCUCUCUAUUUGGAUAUCCUGAACCUCUUCCUUUCCAUUCUGCGGGUGCUAAGGCAGACGGACAAUUAAAUGUAUGAAAAAAUCACAACAUGUUGCACAGUUAUGAUAUCAUUUGAAAACUGAAACCUACUAUGGAAAAGUAUCAUACGCAGAUUAUUGUCGGGGCAUAGCAGCCUGCAGUUACUUGCAUUUUACAUUUGGAUGAACUGAGUAACUUUUACAAUUAAGUACCUCCCAUUUUCUUCUCUCUUCUGCAUGCGGCAAGAUGUGCCAGUUUCAUUUAUGUAAUCUUCAAAAAGCCACUACUGGAUGUUUUUGUUCUUUGAUAUAUGUAGUAGAAAUGUCUUACAGUUUCUCAUUAGCUAAUGUGUAGUUGUUAUUAUAUCUUA